AUGGCCAAGGAGCAGGAGCACGCCAUCAUGGUCUCCGCCCUCGAACAGGUCAUCGGCGGCGGCAUUGCCACCAGAACCAGUGGAACCUCUCAGAACCACUGCCAGUAUGCCACGUCAGCGGCUGAAGCGGGAACAAAUAAGAAGGUUGUGAUAUUAGUUUCGGAUGGCGACACCUGUCAGGUAUGCAAGAUCGAUGGCUGCCUCGGCUGCGAGUUCUUCCCGCCAAGCAAUAAGCAUGGCAAAGGGAAGAGGGUCAAGAAGAGCAAGUACAGGGGAGUGAGGCAGAGGCCGUGGGGGAAAUGGGCGGCGGAGAUUCGUGACCCGCGGCGGGCGGUGAGGGUGUGGCUCGGGACGUUCCAGACGGCGGAGGAAGCGGCGAGGGCUUACGACAAGGCGGCGGUCGAGUUCCGAGGAGAGAAAGCCAAGCUCAACUUCCCACGAAUAAGCAGUGAAGCUGGUACCAGUACUGCAGCAUUGACCAAGCAAAGCAUGGAGACUGAUGAUGAGGUCCAUAAUCAAGUCAAUCCAAGUAAUGAGAAGUCAGCGAAUCAGGAAUUGGGACAGGGCAGUGAUGUUAAAGACGACGAGAUUGAUCGUUUCAUCUGGAAAAUGCUUAAAGAUGACGACGGCGAUGAAGAUUUAAGCACAAUGGUCAACUCAAAUAUGUUGAAUUGA